AGUUGUCUCACAGUGGACUGGAGGAGCGCUCCAGAGCGAAAAUGGAGAAGUAUUUCGGGAACGCGUACCGAGGUGACCCGGGCGUCCCACACGCUGACCCGGACCGAUUCGUAAACAUCUGGAUCGGCUCCGCUGCCUUCUCCGCUCUCACCUGGAUUAACCCUUACAUGUGGCAACGCUCCAAUCAAUUCAAUUGGCACGACAAAGCAAUGUUGUUUGAGCAGUACCACUGGAAAAAGGCAAUGGAGAAGAAUCAGCCUUAUAAAUUCAUGUGGAACCAGACCAUGGACAAGGACCACCGUGAUGCAUAUUAUUAUAAUUAUGCCUUUUACUUCCCUUAGGCUUUUCGUUUUCAUAGGCAUGCUUUCUAUUCUAUUGUAAUAAACUUGAGAAUAAUGAGACUUGUGUAACCUGGAUUGCUCAUCCUUUUCUUCCCCUGGAUUGGAAGACUUGAACUAAUAGCCGAAUUUCUUGUUUGUAGUGAUUAAUUUGAUCCCAUUAAUCUUUGCGGCCGGGUUGAUUAA